AUGAGUAAGCAUAUUUUAUUUGCUUUAUUUUUGCAUAUAAUAAUAGGUAUUAUGCUUAUAUCAUGCAAAUUUUAUCUAGUUAAAAAUAAAAAUAAACUGUUUUAUAUAACAUCCAUUGAAAAACAAAACACAGUUAAUAAUAAUAAUAAUUUAAAAAAUAUAAAGCUUAUUAAAAAAAAAAAACAACAAUUUAUUCUUCUAAAAAAAAAUAAAAAUAUCAUAAUCAACUUAAAUUCAUUUUUUAAAAAAAACGAAAGGAAUACUGACUAUUCUUCUUUUUUGUAUACAUACAAUAGAAACUCUGAAAAUUUUAUUGACACCUCGUCAUAUAGUACAAGGGACAAAUACAGCGAUAAUGAUGUACACUAUGACGAUACAACAAAUAGAGAAUUUAUAAAUAAAGAACGAAAAGAAAUAUUUAACUCAAUAAAUUCAGGAUAUCAUGACAAUGGGAAUCAUAUUACUACUCAAUAUCAAUUUAAUAAACGCUUAAAAAAAAAUCGUGAAAAAAAUGGGUCCAAAAAAAAUGUAUUAGCACUCAAAUAUAGUAUAAAAGAUGAAAACGGAAUAUAUGACGAAAAGAAAGAAAGCGAAGGAAAAAACUCAACUAGUAUUGACAAAGAAAGCAAUACAAAAACUGAAGAAGAAGAAUACAUGAACAAAUUUAUAAACGAUUAUAUGAAAAGAAAUGAAAAUAUUUUAAAUGAUAAUGACGAUUUAAAAAAGUUAGACAAAGAAAAAAUGCUAGAAGAAUAUAACAGAUUAGUAGAAACUUUAAAAAAAAGUAAUGAAACUAUAAUUAAUAAAUAUAAAGAAAAUGAAAAAGAAAAUAAAUAUGAACUAAAUGAAAGAAUUAUAAAUAGCUCUAAUAAAAUUAAUAUUGAAAAAAUAAAGAAAGACAUUGAAACAUCAUUUACCCAAAAUCUUGGAAUCGAACACAAAAUACAAAACUACAUUAAUUUAUUUACACAACAAGAAGUAGGGCAACAAAAUGAUAUGGACGAUAAUUUAAAAAAUAAUAAAAAUAAUGAAAAUAUGAAAAUAGACAAUAAAGAAACAGAAUUUAUCACAGAAAAUGAAGAGGAAGAAAAUAAAAAAAUUUUAAAAACAAUUUUAAAAGGGGAUUACAAAGAUUUAAAAAAAUUUAAUUUUAAAUUUUCAAAAAAAGAUCUAGAAAUGAUGAAAAAUGUGGAUCAAGAAAAUGCUAAUAUGGAAGAAAAAGAAUUAAUAGAAAAAUUAUUUUUCAAAAUAAUAAAUAAUUCAAAUGUUAUAAACAGUAUAAAUAAGAAAGAAGAACAACUAAUACAGGUAUAUGAUACACUAAAAAAGGAAAAUAAAAUAAAGAGAGAUGAAAAUAUAGAGAAUAUAAAAUACUAUAACAAUAAAAAAAUAGAUAAAGAAAAAACUGAAAAAGAUCAUAAUCAAACAAUAAUACCAAAAGAAAUCUUAUUUAAUAAAGUUUCAAAUAAGUUUGUUGAAAUUAGUGAAGAAGAAAUAAAUGAAAUGAGUGAAGUUCAAACAAAAGAGGAAUUAAAAAAAAGAGGAUAUCCAACAUUUGGAACUAUGAAAGAAAUAAAAAUGAGACUAUUAGAUGUCAUGAAAAUUAAAGAAAAUCAUGAAUAUGAUGUUAGAAAAAUUGUUAAAAAUCCAGAAGAAAAUUUAUUAUCAAAUAUAAAAUAUGAUAAACUAAAAAAAAAUAUAAAAAUUUAUAAAGAAAUGGAAAAUUAUGGAGAUACAGAAUCUAAACUUAAGAAAAUUGAUUCGGCUAUAGAAAUAUCGAAAUUUAUAGAUGAUCCAGUAGAUUAUUUGAGAAUAGAUACAACACAUAAGUUUGUAAAAUUAAAAGAAGAAAUAAAUGAGGAUAAUACUACUAUCAAAAAUGAAGAUAUUUCAAAAAUACCAAUUAUAAAUGAUGUAAAUAUAGAUGAAGAAAUUUCAAUGGCUGAAAAAUUGAAAAAAAAUAUAAUUUUAGAUAAUGUAGAUAAAGCACCAAGUUUCGUCAAAUAUAGCAAUCAAAAUGAAAAUAUGAAUGAAGAAAUCGAAGAAACAUAUAGAACAAAUAUAUUAAAACAUGGAAGUUUACAAGAAACAAUAGAAGAAUUUCAUAUAAAACAUAAUUUAUGUCUUAAUUUUAUUGGAGAUUUUAUUUGUAAAUUUUCAAAUGCUCAUAUACAAGAUAUAAAUAAAUAUAGAUAUAAAACAAAAGAAGAAAUUGAUAAUCUAAAAAAUAAUGAAUUUGAAUAUUUAAUAAAUGAAUCUACAUUAAAUUGUGAUUUUAUUGUAUAUAAAUUUGUUAAUAAAAAUGAUUUAAUAAAAAAUUAUUUAACUACUAAAAAUAUAAUGACUUUAAUUGAAUAUGCUAAUAUUUCAGAUCCCGUGGAUAUUAUACAUUAUUAUUCACCUGAAACAUUAUUUAUGAUUAGUGAAGAAUACAAUAUACCUAUAAAUAAAAUUAUAGAUGCAUGUACAUCUUUAAAUAUUAAGUUGCCAUAUGGUGGUGAUACACACUUAAACAAAAAGUGUUUCAACAUUUUGACAACUCAUUUGAGCAGAAAAUGGGGGCCAUGA